AUGUUCGAACUGCAGCUGAAAGAAGCACCGCUCCCCACCUUAGACAGGCUUGGAGUCUCCGUUCCCAAGGACGUCGAUGCCAAGAAGGUCGCUAGUGAAUGGUUCAAGUCGUUCGUGGCCCUGGUCGAGGCAGGAGACGCUGACGGUGUUGCCGGCCUGUUGCUUGAUGAGAGCGUCUGGCGGGAUAUGCUCUCACUUACUUGGGAUUUCCGUACCUUUGCGGGAAAGGAUAAGAUCAAGCAAUUCCUCAAAGAUCGUCUAUCGGUCGCGAAGCCGCAGAACUUCAAGCUGAACGAAGAUUCCGUUGGACUGCACACGCCGUACCCAGACCUCGCGUGGAUACAAGCUUUCUUCAGCUUCGAUACCGACGUAGGGAUCGCCUCGGGUAUCGUUCGCUUAGUCCCUACUGCUAGUGGGGAAUGGAAGGCGCACGGGCUGUUCACCAACUUGGAAGACUUGAAAGGCUUCCCUGAGAAGCUCGGCGCACUACGUAACCCCGCGCCCAAUCACGGUAAAUGGGAGAAAGAUCGCCAGCGCGAAAUCGCGUUCGAAGGGAAAGAACCGACGGUAUUGAUCGUCGGAGGCGGCCAGAGUGGACUUGAAGUAGCAACGCGACUGAAAUGCUUGGGAAUCAGCUCCGUCAUCAUCGAACGAAACCCUAGGAUAGGAGAUAACUGGAGGAACAGAUACGGCGCGCUUUGUCUGCACGAUCCGGUUUGGUAUGACCAUAUGCCAUAUCUCCCUUUCCCUCCUACAUGGCCAGCAUACACGCCGGCGAAGAAGUUGGCAAACUGGCUGGAGAAUUAUGCGGAGACCAUGGAACUGAACGUCUGGACGUCUUCGUUGGUGGAUAAGAUCGUUCAGGAGAAGCCAUCUGGGAAAUGGGUUGUCACAGUCAAGCGGGCCAAUGGCGACAGGACCUUCAAAGUCAACCAUGUAAUCUUCGCUGCUGGUCUCGGAGCCGGAAAGGCCAGGGUUCCAGAAUAUCCAGGCAUGGAUGAAUUCCAAGGGCAAAUCCUACAUUCGACGGAACACAAGCAUGCCACCGAUCAUGCGGGGAAGAAGGUUGUUGUCAUCGGAUCCUGUACUUCAGCACAUGAUAUAUGUACCGAUUAUUACGAGAACGGCGUCGAUGUCACGAUGUUCCAGAGAAGCUCGACCUAUGUCAUGAGUACGACGAGCGGGUGGAAAUACCUUAUGGGAGAUUUGUAUUCAGAGCAUGGGCCGCCUGUCGAUGUUGCGGAUAGGAUAAACGCGUCCUUCCCGCACGCAGUGAUGAUGGGCAUCUCGAGGCGUCAAGUCAAGCAAAUUGCCGAGGCCGACAAGGAGAUACUUGACGGCUUGAAGAGAGUGGGCUUCCGGACGAACCUUGGAUACAAAGACACUGGCUUCGGUCUACUCGCCUGGGAGAAAGCAGGAGGUUACUACAUAGACGUUGGCGCGAGUCAGCUUAUCAUAGACGGCAAGAUCAAGCUGAAGAGCGGACCUCAGAUCGAACGCUUUACUAAGACUGGCCUCAAAUUUGAUGAUGGUAGCGAGUUGGACGCUGAUGUUGUGCUUUUCGCCACUGGGCUCGGCGAUUCGAAGAGCGCUAUGACGGCUGUAUGUGAUGAGGAGAUAUACAGCAAGGCUGGGAGGGUAUGGGGACUUGACCCAGAGGGAGAAAUACAUGCUGCUUGGAGGGAUAUUGGGGUCCCGAACAUGUGGUUCAUGAUGGGCAAUCUUGCCCUCUGUCGGUUCCAUUCUAAACAUGUUGCCCUCCAAAUCAAAGCUAUUGAGGAAGGAGUAUUUGGAACGAGAUACAAACUCUAG